GGCGGUCUUGCGGCGGACGGAUGCUGAACUCGACUGAAGGCUUGCUGCGUCGGUGCGUCUGUUCUGUGUUCGACUGUGAUGUGAGCGCGCUGCGGCCCAGUAUCUUCAUCGAAUUCGGAUAGGAUAGAUAACAGCAACGGAACCAACGACGACGACGACAACAACAAUAAUAACAUUUACGGGGUGCGGAACAGAGAUGGCCAAACGGAGUAGGUCAGAUCGGAUUCGGCAGAGAGAGUGAGCGAGAUUGCUGGUCCCUUUAGUGUGCGUCGUUCGUUCGCUGCGAACGGUUCAACCAACCCAAUCCCCUUGCAUUACACACUACGGCAGCGAGGUGAGCAAUUCAAUGUGCCGUGCUUUGCGUUGUUGUGAGUGAGCCAGCCGUUUCGUUCGACGAUCAAAAAAAGAAAGAGGGGCCUUCCACUGACAAGUCGGAGCUCUCGAGCUGGCACUUGGCUACGGAACGGCUUUCGGUGUCGGUGUGCGAGGACUAGACCUCCUAAGAACACUAAAUCCCUUCUCGGAUCGUCGCGGCUCGGCCAACUAAGUCCGGGCAAAUAAUAAUAAGUUUUUAGGAGAAUUAACUUUUCGGUAUUAAGGAUUUAAGCAAUAAAGUUUGAUGAAGAGGAGUCGGAACGGCAGCAGCAGCGGCUGAGAUAUCGACGUCGACACGUUGCGUUGGACGGCACGGGGGCAUCCCGUUGUGGCACGGACGGUCAGCUUCUCUGGCUUUGGGAAAGUGGCGAACGGACUCGGAAAGUGAGAAAAACUAACGGCGGUGAUUUUCACGCACUAAAUCCCGGAUUUUCGGGCUGUGGCACUGCCCCGCGCCAUCGAGUGAAUUUUGAGUGGGCGAACAUCGACGUCGUCGUCGCCGAGGCAGGAGUGGUUGGACUUUUCCACCAGAAGAAGAGUUUGUUUUCAACAAAGCUACCCAAAAAGUGUACGAAGAUAGUGUUUUUUUUGGUUCCGAAUCAAGUGCGGUCGGUCGGUGUAUGAAAUCGGGCUUAAGUGAUUAAGAAUUGUUCAAAACAUUCGCCGCUGGUGAGAAUUUCCGGCGCGAGCGCACGCUUCGGCAUUGACGGAUGGUGAGCUUACAUCCCGUCGAUCUUGUCUUCGUUCAAGACUGCGGUCCCGUGAGUGGUUGAGCUGGUGGAUUAAAAACCAGACGAGGUCCAAUAAACCAGCGAUUUGUGUUUUUGUGGUUUGAUUCAAGCAAAAGCCGAAAAAAAAGUGUCUGGCCCAACCAAUGAAAUAUUGAAACAGAUUCGUGACGGCGAAGAAUCUAAACAGCGGAAAUCCUGCGUCAAGUGUGAAGUGAUAGACAAAAAAUAAAUCGCGGCGAAAACUUUGUGCAAAGGUGAUUGUGAACUGUUUUCACGAGUUGCGUCGGGACGUUGAACAACCAAACAGGUUCGACGGUUCAUUCCGAAGAGACGGGAAGCAACGCCGCGAGUGCAGUUUAGUUACCAGCGCUGUCCGGAAACAGCGAGUGAUCGACCACUUUUUGAGACCCCCGGUAAAGGAAAACAGUCAAAACGAUUUAUCUCCGGCCGUACAAGGACAUCUUCCCGGGCGGUGGCCAUAACCAGCUGAGCUCGUUAUAUCCACAGUCCGUGAUGGAACGUGGAGGCGGCACUGGGGCUGGCGGCGCCGGGAACGGUACCGGGCUUGACUCGAUGGCGGAUACCAGCGGGCUGUGCCUGCAGGAUCUGGUCGGGAAUGGUGGCGGUACGGGUGGAGGUGGUGGAGGCGGCGGUGGUGGCGGCGCCAACACCAACGGGACCUCGGAUCAUCACCUGCACCAUAACCACAACAGUCACAACCAUCACGGGUCGUUGCACGACUCGGUGACGGGCGGUGGGGUGAGCGUGAGUUCGGCCCUCACCAGCCUGAUGAGUCCGGGCAUCAACAGCGGGCUCGGCCAUCUGCAUCACGGUACGCCGGAUCUCAGCGCACAUCACCAUCACCACCAGCAUCCGUCGUCGGUGCUGCACGAGCCGCUGGAGAAGCUGAAGCUAUGGGCCGAGACGGGCGACUUCCGUGAUAAUACCCACAGUGCAAUGUCGGCCGUGACCAGCCUGGACCACACGCAGAUGGGCUUCCAGUCGUCGACGGCGGCGGCGCGGAACCGAAGCAGUCGGGAUCGGAAAAACGACGUCACACGGGUCGAUCCCACCUCGGUCAAGACGGAAAACAUCAGCAGUGGGAUGUCCCACGACGACAGUGGCAACCCGGCGGGCACGACGAUAACGGCCGACGGCACCAGCCAGGACCAGGGCACCGGCGGCGGCAAGAACGACAAGAAGAACAAACGCCAACGGCGCCAGCGGACGCACUUCACCUCCCAGCAGCUGCACGAACUGGAGCAAACGUUCAGCCGGAAUCGCUACCCGGACAUGUCCACGCGGGAGGAGAUCGCCAUGUGGACGAACCUGACCGAGGCUCGAGUUAGGGUGUGGUUCAAGAACCGGCGGGCAAAGUGGCGCAAGCGGGAGCGGAAUCAGAUGAACGCGAUAGCGGCGGCCGACUUCAAGAAUGGCUUCGGGCCGCAGUUUGUGCAACCGUUCGCCGACACCGACCUGUACUCGUCCUAUUCGUACAACAACUGGGCGAAGGUGCCGUCGCCGUUGGGCGCCAAAACGUUCCCCUGGACGGUCAACCCGCUGGGGACAUCGAUAGUGCCAUCGAAUCAUCAUCAGAAUUCCAUCAACUGUUUCAACUCUUCGGCGUCUUCGGUCGCGGCCGGCAUGGGCACCGGAACGAUGCUGACGGGCAGCAUGGGGACGAGUUUGAGUGGUACAACCGGGGGGACUGGGGUUUCGCCGACGCCCUGCCCCUACACGACGCCAACCAACCCGUACAGCAUGUACCACCAUCGGGCCACGGCGGAACCCUGCACGGCGAUGACUUCCAGUAUUGCAACGUUGAGAUUAAAGGCGAAACAGCACACGUCCGGGUUCUCGAGUCCGUACUCGGCCCCGUCGCCCGUAUCAAGAUCUAACUCGGCCGGUCUGUCCGCAUGUCAGUACGCCGGAGUGACGGACACCGUCUGAGAAAACGCCCUGGGCAGCAUGCUGUCCCACCACUCGUCCUCCCUGGCCGUGUACAACUCCAGCAUCAGCAGUGCCAUCAAUGCCAUCAACAACGGCACCGGAACCGGUACCGGCCCGGUGGACAAGGACAACCCGGCGGGAACCGGGCUGGUGGACGACGACGAUCUGAUGGCACCGGACGAGGACGAGGACGAUCACCGGCGGAACAAUGUGGUGGACGAUAUUCACGACUGAGCGUACGAUACCCCUUCCUAUCUUUAUCAACAUCAUCACCGUCAUCACCAUCAGCGGGUUGUCUCUAGUCUAAGAGUAGGUUUAACGGCGGCCGACGAGUACUGAGGUACAUGUGUGAGGGAUAACGCCGCGCCACUGCCGUGUCGGUGUGGAGUGCAACUUAUCUUAUCCGUGCGACCGAAAAAAUCGCGGCGGCGGCAGCUCAAAGCAUCCGAAAAUUUUUGCAUCGACGUCGCAUUUGUCGUCGUCGUCGUUGUGGCUGUUAUUUGCUUUUCUUAAGGGUAUAUGUGCAUAUGGAAUUCAUUUUUAUUUGGCUUUAUUUUUCUGAGAGUUUAAAAUUUGGACAACUCUCACUUAAUCUCCACUGAUGGAGAUAAGGAAUCGUCUCACCUUUGAGCAUAUGAGGUUUUCAUUCCUUAAUUUACAACGAUUAAUCAUCGGCAAUAUUUCCUUAUGCCACAUACCAUUAACAUUUACUUACCGUGGCCGUGCGGUUUGCUUUGGAUGGACGCGUUGCUCACACCGUUGCUAUAAAUCAGCCGGCUGGUCGUCGAGCGAAUUCGGCGGCACCCGGCAUCAUCAAAGACCUGGCCGUUAUCUGUGAACACCAAAGGGGAUUAAGUUCGGCUUAUGGGUGCGCUUUACUUAGGUCUUGUAUCGAUCUGAUUCUUCUUUAUAGGCUGGGGAGGGGGAAACCCCGACCCGAGCGAGCGGUAGGUAAGUGACAAAUUUUGAUGGAUCCGGUUACGAAGGGGCUGGCAGGUGGUUGGUCCUGGGGAAGAGCUGAUUGAGAAAUUGAAUCGAAACCACAUUGCUUUCCAAUAUGGUGGAAUGAUAAAAUGAGAAUGACGAUGAUUGGAGACUGGCCGAGGAAAAGGUUUGCGAAAUCUAUCGAAGUAUGAUUGGUGGUCUAAGCUCUGUUCUGAUUGGUUUAGGUAAUGCAUUUGAUAAACCAUAAGAUCGUAGCGUGCAAUGACAUUUUGAUGGGUGGACGAACAAAAAUAAAUGUUUAUAAUUUUGAAGAAUCCACACCGUUUGGCGUUUCACUAUUUAUUCUACAAAUACGUCCUGGUUUGCAGGUUCUAACUUCCAUUCAUAACUCAAAAUGAUGGAUAAAAACAUAUCGUUGAAUGAGACCAUUCAUAUCUCGUACCGUUAGAUACAAUAAUCUUGAUAAGUUAUUUAUUAUCCAAAACAUUACAUUGCUGUCAAGUUGUAUACACAUGAUGGUACUCCAAAUGAGUUGUUCCAAAUAUGACAAUAUGUACAGAUUUGUCGAAAUCCUUUUACAACAUGUCAUAAAAUUAUGACUUAAUCUACCUGUUGAGACUAAGCCUAGCCAAUUCGAGGGUUGUUUAUCUGAAAUAGCUGAGGCUUAACCCUAGAAAUGUUAUCUGCAAGGUUUUCAAAUACAAACCCUAAUUAUCGAGUGCCAAUCCCUAAACAUUUUUCUCGAAAGCUUCUACACGAUAAUUUGACAAGCAUUGGUCUCACAUCAGUCUCACAGCAAACGUGAGCUCGCUCUCAUAAAACCUAAAAUGAGCGAAAAAGUGGGAGGAAACCUCCAACACACUCUUACCGUUUUCGUUUAUGUUCUCUCCAUGUCAUAACCAUCACUCACCACCAGCCAAUGUAAACAAACCCAGCCCUGCUCCCGAAUCCCAUCGCCGAAACACCACCAUUCUCGUUAUUCUAUUCCAUCGCUGUCGCGAUCCCAACAAAACUGCCUGCUUGCCAUUCCGCACCGGCCACGCCAUCCCCUUGAGCCGUUCUGCGGAAUCGGAGUUGAUUAGCCACGCGCUCGAAGAUCAAAGUAAGCCGUUGUUGGUACUGUUUACAUCGAAUUUACUGCGAAAAUAAUUUGACACAUGCUUUGAGCGAAGAUAAGCCGCACGCACACUCACACCCACGAAUUAAAAUAUCUGCUGAUAGUUAUGGAAGGUAUCGUACGAAUUGGUUUGAAUAUGGGGAACAGCACCAAUUUUCGAUUCAAAAAUAAUUAUUUAUUGGUUUUAGAACCGGUGUUGAACAAAUUAGUCAAAUUUGUACGCGGAGUCGAUAAUAUGUGCUCUUACCCUUCAGUGAGUAUCGUCUCAACUUGUAUAGAAUUUCAAUAAUCACAUUAACCAAUAGUAAGAAAAUAUAUCGAAAACAAACAAAAAACAAAAAAAUCCUUACCAAAGGAGGCUGUGUAAAUACUUAUUUUUCUGUAGUCGUGCGAUUUUGUUUAGUUUUACCAAAAUAGUCAUUCAAAUUGUAAAGCUGGGAACGAAAAAAAAAAAUCAGAUUACUUAAAACUAUAAACUUCUACUGAAAGACAAAUAACGUUAGUGAGUAACCGUAUUUUGUGAGAGGACGUCUUUAGAAGUCUAGAUCAAAAAAUCAACCUAUGAGUCAUAUAGUUUUCCUACUUAAAUGUGCAAUCAAUAAAAAAUGUUCUUUUAAACAUUGUUUAUAAUUUUUACUUGCCUCAUCCUGUUCAUUUUUUCUCAUUCAAAAAGCUUAUUUAUUGACUAGGAAACACCAUUACUGCAGUCCGAAUGAGGUGCUGUGAAAUGUUUUACAAAUCAAGCCAUCGGCUACCAUGAAUUGGACUUCCGUUGCGGCAACAAAUUGACAAUUAUCGGAUUGACGAAAGCAUCAUAGAAAUUGUAGAUAGAUUUAUGCCACACUUCAACGGACAACUCUGAAUGAAAAAGAUAUCAAAAUGUACCACACCUCGUUGGAACCAUUGGAGGAAGGGAACUCUACUUUUCGAUUGUCUAGUCAAUGAUUAAAAAUGAUACUUAUUAAUGGAAUAAAUCAGUUCUUUCCAAACAAUGCCAAAUGCCUGGCACACAAAAAAGUUCCGAUCAAUAUGAAUUAGUGUUAUUUAAUAAGAUGAAACAAAAAGUUAUCUAAGUAUUACAAAACAAAAAAAAAAGAAUGCCAACGAUCGUUUUCGGAAACUGAAAAUACCAAAUACUACCAGUGAAGAAGGGGGAGAUCAUUCCCACUUCACGGCGCAGAAACAAAAUUAGUCAGACAAAAACACGUUUAGCAACUAAGAUAAACAAAGAACUAAAAUGCAACUAAAAUGAUUAUGGAAGCAAAGCUAGCAUUUCAAACUAGAACAAAGUGAACAGCACUACACUGGAAACAUUGAACUUGUAAAUUAUGAACAAUAAUAAAAAAAAAAGAACUACAAAAUCUUGGCAAAGAGUCUACCAAUAAAAACUGAUCAUUAUGAACUGAA